AAACAUUGGGGCGGAGGAUUAUGAAGUCGCUAUACACUCUCGAAGAUAACGAAGAUAAGCUUUACAAGAUCAAUAAUACCCAAGGGUGGUGGUUUAUUAUGAGAGCUUGGUAUGAGCUCAAGCAAGAGACUAUCCGACAUUGUUUCCACCAUGUUCCGAUAUUCGAAGACAGGCAAAAGGAAUUGCUGCUGGCAAGCAAGACUGACGAUUCUGAUAUUGUUGGGGCGCUAGCAUAUUUCCGAAACAAUGUUCUAUCGCUCUACCAGCUGAGCCAGGAGGAAAACGCCAUUAUGGAUUCAGAGCUUCAGUCCUUACCAUCCGACCUGUCUCAGUCCUUGCCAUCUGAUAUGCCUCAGUUCUCAAUCGUGUCAAACCCGACAAGUACCCAGCAUAUGUCCCAAACCGUAGUCGAGUAGAUGCGUGAGGAAGAGGUGGCGCCAUUACAUCGUUUGCUUGAUGGGUCUCUAAUUCUUUGCUGGU